CAUACGAAAGAGGAAAAAAAUGACGGAGGAAAACAAGGAAGCGGUAAAACGAUACCUAUCAUUUUCUUGCUGCUGUUGUGAGAUUACAGCUUGAUCAAACGUUUUGAGGUGGUUUAUUUGAACGCUACACAUGGCCGACAACAUUAUGAGUGUGGCGUGGAAUUCUAACCAGGAAAUGCUAACAGUUUGACGCCUCGGCAGAGAAGUUGUCAUGUGUUUUGUGGAAAACGUGAUGGGCAUUUUCCCCAUUCACGAUAGAUCGUCUUUGUUCGGGACAGUGCCAGCUACCGCGGGUCUGCAUGACAAGGUGAAGCUUGCGUGAGCGGCGGCCCUCCUGCUCUAGUAGACCUUCUGCUCCGUGUGAAGGCGCUGGAUGACGGGGCAGAUGGAAGACGUGAUCUCCCUCAGCUCAGACGACUCCGAUGUGGAGAUCGUCGGCUCUUACGGUGGCUUCACUAAGUCCAAGCCCCCGCCGCCGCUGUCAGAGGUUCGAGUGGAUGUCGAAGCUGUAAACGUCAACAUCCCCCGGCAUUACAUUGACCUCACUGAUCCAAGAUGGGCUUGUCCAGAGCUCAAGCUGCGCCCAAGGUUUAACAUCCCAGGCUCCCCUGUUAUAGACUUGACUGCAAAUGAGACAAAGCUGGAGACAAAGCCAGAGACAAAGAGCUCCCUUGCCUUGACUGAGACAAGAGUGACAAAACCAGAAAUAAAGGGCUGCUUUGAAAUUGGUGACAGUCAGUUCAACCAAAGCAUUGUGAAUAAAAAUAAUGUCUUAAAUGGCCAAGGUCUUAAACUACAAGAAAGCUCUUCCGGACACUCCCACAUCUUCCCUCUACAGCAGGACUGUGGCACCCAAAGUCCAAAGCAGAGACGUUUGAAUUCUCCGAUGCAACCACAGAAGCAAAACCUUGCAAAACAACCCUCUCAGGAUGCACCUGAUGUGGAACCAGAUCAAUUGCCUUUUAUCGAAUCACAUAUCAAGAAUCUGAAAACAUCAGGCAGUUGUGGUCAGCUAACCAACGAUUCUCCACAGAUGUCACUUUGUUUUAAACCAAACAAUCGCUUUGAAGCACAAGAAUCUGCUACUAGUUCAGAAAUAUUUUCUUCUACAUUAUAUGUUUCUCUCACAGAAUCUACUGUCCCUAAGUGUCUUCCUAUCAUGUUGAAAUCUACAACAAAAGAACAUGAAAACCCCCAGGAAUAUACAAGCAACCUGUUGCAAGCUCAAGCAACGCAGGACCUACAAAUUCCAACUGACUGUCCUAAUGCAGGACAUGAUGAUGCAAACUUAAAGCAGCACAAAACUGUAGAAAAUAAACUAGAUGGCUUUCAUUCAUCUGACAUGAUUCCAUCAUCAACUUCAUAUCAAGAUAAAACACAAAAAGAAGCUAUUUGCUCCAAUUUGGAAAAGCUGGAUUUAUAUCAUUCAGAAUCUGGACAAAGAUCUCCCUCCUGAUCAUCCUUCCUCUCAUUCAUCUCAAAGUUCUAAAGCUGACUCUGUCUCAUACCCAGGUUCCAGUCCUCUCAAUCAUACAAACCAAGGUGGCCAAUCACCCAGGUCUCCCUACACUCCUACUGAAAAGAUGUGUGAAUGGGAGCUGGAGUCACAGACUUAUGAAGAGAAUACCGGAGGUGAUAGUCCGAUGUCCUUGCCUUGGCAAGGAGAAAGUGAUAGAGAAGACACGAAUGAAGAGAGCAGAUGUUGCACAAAUUUCCGAGAGGCCAGUAGAGAGGAUCGUAGACAUGUGUGCCCAAUCACUCUUAAGAAAUUAAUGGCUGGACACCAUCAAGUCCUGAUCGAUAAAGAUAAUGUAAGCCCUAAAGCUCCUGAGGUGCUGUGUCGUCCGAGCCUGAGUCUGGUCUAUAGUACAAUCGAGGAGAACUACCCAGAAGGCACUUUGCAGCUGCUGUCUGACCUACUGCAGCCUGGUUUCUAUCCUCCCAAAGAUAUAACCACCCACCUUCUUCGUGGUAUCCUGCUUGACCCACAUUGUCCCCAUCAUCUCAGCUUGCAGGCUUAUAAUCUUCUUAUGAGGACUCAGAGACACCACCGGGCUAAUAGAUCCUCUGUUCCUUGGGAUUGGGAGUUGCUUACCUCGGUUAUGUCCAAUCAGCUUGAGCAGAGCAAGCAACAAUAUGAUGGCAAAAAGGAAAAUCAAUGGGACAUUCUCUGCCUGCUUUUGGAGUACUGUGUGCAGACUUUAGAGGAUGACUUUACUGCCAGAUGCUCUUCAUCUUCCCUCAGCCAUUCCAUUGCAAAGGCAACUCUGUCAUGUGAUCCGGCAGUUUUCUCGGGUCAGAGAUGUUAUCAAGUGGCUGUUUUGUGUCAUUAUGAAAACAACCGAAAAUGAAGACAGCAAAGAAGGAAUCAAAAUUAAGGAUGAGCAAAUAAGAAUAGUGUCCGUUUUCCAAAGGAUGCUGUCUCUGGCCCUGGAGGUUGACCGUUCUCCUGCUCUGAACUCUGCCAAGCUUUCCCAUGAGCUCUUCCAUAUGGUUCUCAGCCACAUGCCUCUAAGAGCACACAGGAUGUUGUUGUUGGAGAGCCUGCAGAGUAAGCUGCUGAGCUGUAAGCUGUUGGAACAGUUGCUGGACUAUGCAUGCCCAGAGAAAGUCUCUAUUCCCAUGUCGCUUAAGCUGCUGCUUCACUUUCUGAAGAACUGCACUCUGGCUGCAGACCCAACGGAUGGCUUGGAACGCUGGCGAAAGUGGGAAGAGUUGAUCCAUCUUCUCUGGAUGUUACUGCUCAGCUAUAGCAAAGCAAUGAAAGGCUGUCUGACCAGCUCUCCCUUUGAGCAAAUUGGCAAAGAGGCCACAUUAGUUUACAAACCAGACGACAUGGUGUCAAAGUCUGCUGUUCAAGAAGCAGUGAAUGCUUUCCUGUCCCGAUCCCAAGAGGACAUCGGUGAAGCCUUACCUCUUCAUGUGGAAGAGUCCUUAACUUAUCUUCAGGAUCACCUGUUAGAUGUCUGUCAGUGUUGAUUUUGAAAGAAAAGAGACUUUCACUUGUUUUAUUCAUCACAUGAUUUGAGAAGCAUAUUGUAAUUUAUAAUUGAUUUUUUGUGUGCCUGUUCAUUUGCACAGUUAUUUGUUUUAAACUUGUGACUUACUUAAAAUUAAAAUUUUAAUUUAUUCUGUUAAUCAGGAAGUUAUUUACGAGUUCAGUUUUCUGUUUAUGCCACACUACCUUCACACAGAGUUUUUGAAUAAAGUGGUCCUUCAGGUAUAUUUGUACAUUUA